AUGAACCCCUACAUCAUAUCUAUCCUAAUCUGCAACUUAGCUCUUGGAGCUAUUAUUACAGCCGCCAGUUAUCAUUGGUUCUUAGCCUGAAUUGGUUUAGAACUAAACACCCUUGCCAUCAUCCCAAUCCUAGCUAAACACCACCACCCACGAGCUACCGAAGCCGCAACAAAAUAUUUUAUUAUUCAAGCAACUGCCUCAUCUAUCAUUUUAUUUUCAAGUAUUAUUAAUGCAUGAAACACAGGAACCUGAGAUAUUACUCAACUUACAACACAACCAACCCCUACCAUAUUAUUAAUUGCUCUGGCCAUAAAACUAGGCCUAGCUCCCAUGCACUUCUGACUACCAGAAGUCAUACAAGGCACUGAUAUAAUAACAGCCUUAAUUAUUGCAACAUGACAAAAACUACCACCAAUAGCACUGCUCUAUUUAACCUCCAAUCAAUUCCAAAUAAUACUCCUAUCAUUAUUAGCCAUUUCCUCCACAUUAAUUGGAGGCUGAUCUGGACUUAAUCAAACUCAACUACGAAAAAUUAUAGCAUUUUCAUCAAUCGGACAUCUAGGAUGAAUAAUCUCCAUUUCACUUAUUUCCCAAAAACUCCUUAUUUUAACUUUAAUUAUUUAUUUACUAAUAACAACCUCCAUAUUUAUUAUUCUUAUUACCUCAACAACCAAAACCACCAAAGAUCUAGGAAUAAUAUGAGCAACUUCCCCAACACUUUCUUCAAUUAUAAUAAUUACACUCAUAGCACUAGGAGGACUACCACCACUAACCGGCUUUAUUCCCAAAUGACUUAUUUUAAAAGAAUUAACCACCAACCUUCUCCUACCAUUAGCAACCAUCCUAGCCCUAUCUUCUUUAUUAAGCCUAAUAUUUUAUAUACGUCUAACUUAUGUCUCAACUCUGACCAUUUCCCCAAAUACAUCCAACAGCCCAAUAAAAUGACGAUAUAAACCCACCAAACCAGUUAACCCAGCCCCUAUAAUUAUUACUACGCUUCUAUUAAUCCCAAUCACACCACUAAUCUAUU